AUUGUGAUUCCUGCAGCUCUGAGGUCUGACCUCUCUUUGCUGAAGCCCCUGGAUGAAAUCUGAGCUGAACUUGAAGAUCACGACAUCAAAGCGCCUGAGAAGUGUGGAAGUAUUUUGGAUUCAACAAGAAGCGGCGGAGGAUUGAGCAGGCGUGGAGGCACAGCUCGGUGGUGAAACAAGACACUUCUCACAAGAAGACGUACAGCAGUCACCAUUUUGUCUGAAUUCAGGCCGGCUGUCUGAGGAAGAAGCAUGAGUUCUCCAAAAAAGAAAGAGAGAAGUGCAAAAAAAUGCAGAUCUCACCACUGUCAACAAUGUGAGAAAGACUUCCCUACUUCACAUCGUUUAAAGAUUCAUCAAAGAAUUCACUCUGGAGAGAGACCCUACAGUUGUGACCAGUGUGAGAAAGCUUUCACUACCGUCCAUUAUCUAAAAAGCCACCAGCGUACUCACACUGGAGAGAGACCCUACAGCUGUGACCAGUGUGAGAAAACAUACACCUCUCCAGGAAAUCUAACAAUUCACAAGAGAGUACACACGGGAGAGAAACCGUUUCAUUGCCAGGAGUGUGGCAAUAGAUUCAGAACACAUGGGCAUCUACAAGGUCACUGUAAAAGAUAUCACACUGACGAGAAACCUCAUAGCUGUAAGCAGUGUGACAAAGCAUUCAAGACGGCGGGAGACCUAAAGGUUCAUGAGAGAGUUCACACUGGAGAGAAACCAUACAGCUGUGAGCAAUGUGGGAAAACCUUUUCAAGGUCAAGUAACUAUAGAAUCCACCAACAAACCCAUAGUGGAGAGAAACCCUUCAGCUGUGAGCAGUGUGGGAAAACUUUUUCUCGGUCAUGUCACCUCAAGAGUCACCAAAUCAUUCACACUGGAGAGAAAUCACACCGCUGUGAUGAAUGUGGAAAAACCUUCACUCGACUAGAAGGCCUAACAAUCCACCAACGUAUCCACACUGGAGAGAAACCGUACAACUGCAGGCACUGUGAGAAAGCUUUCAUUUCUUCAACAGAUCGCAGGGUACAUGAACGAAUCCACACUGGACUAAAACCAUACAGCUGUGAGGAGUGUGGGAAGAGUUUCACUCAGCUGUCUGCUUACAAGAAUCAUAGAAACAUCCACACUAAAGAAAAAACCUACCCCUGUCAGCAAUGUGGGAAAGUCUUUACUUUCUCCAGUUCAUUAAAGUAUCAUGAAAGUAUCCACACUGGAGAAAAACCCUACAAGUGCAAACAUUGUGAGAAAACAUUCCCUUCAUCAAACACAUGCCAAAGACACGAGCGUGUCCACACUGGAGAGAAACCAUACAGCUGUGAGCCAUGUGGGAAGAGUUUUAGUAGUUCAUCUUCAUAUCACAAACACAAGCUUUUCCACGCUGGAGUCAAACCACACCAGUGUCAACACUGUGACAAAGGUUUCUAUUCAUCAUCCAAACUCUCAGAGCAUCAGCGUGUCCACACAGGACGUAAACCGUACUGGUGUGUUAAAUGUAAGAAACACUUUGCCUGGACAACUCAGCUGAACAGACACAAGUGUGUCUAAAAAAGCUUCCUUUUAUUCAAAAUGUGUUACUACAACACCAAACCUGAACCCUGUGGUAAGAUUUUCUGACCACAGUCCUGAUUUGAUACAAUACUUGCAUUUAACUAAAUGUUGAGUCAAUAUGCCUCUGACACAUUGUAAUAAUCGCUGUAGACACUUAAUUCAUCACACCGUAUUUGUCACAAGAUACCUGAUCCGAAUACUGAGAGUCCUGAUUCAAAAUAUAAAGUUCAGUUGUAUUUACCUAUAUGCAUUCUGAUAAUCGUACAUGUGAUUUACUUUAUAAUUAUAAUAAUUAUAUAUAUGUAUAGAUCAGCUUACCCGUGUUUUAGCUAUAAUGAACAUUUGUUUUAUCUUUUGCCCACUCUUUUUUGCCUUUGACGACUUGUGUUUCAAGGCUAAGAACGUCUUUCUUUGUCACAAUCCUAGUCUGCUUCUCUUUCUUGUACUUAGUAUUACGUUGGCCCACUCUGAGAUUCUUGUUUUGAGUCUGUCUGUGUAAUGGUUAGGUAAGUUCAUUGAUUUAUGGAUUACUAUCGGUCUGUUCUCCUGUGCUUGAUUAUUUGGUCUGUUCUGUGUCAGGUGUUGUGCUCAUUUGCCCGUGUAUAAAUGUUUGUCUGUUCAGUUCUGUCUUGUCGGAUCAUUGUUGCUUGUUGUUCCUCUGACUCCCCUGUCGAGUGUGUUAGUUGUUCCUGCCUGUAUCCCUGUCUGGUUGUAUACCCGGAUCUUCGUUGUCUUUAAGCCUGCUUUAGGAUUUUGGUUUCUUUAUGAAUUUCACAAAAUUUAGAUUUUUUGUUUGGAUAGUACCUUUAGCUUUUUGGAUUUGUUUGGACUCCCUCUGUAUAUGUUCUCAAUUUUUGUUAAAGAGGUGGCAUUAUGCUUUUUGUCUUUUUCCCUCUCCUCUAUUGAGUUACUUUUUGUGCAUGUAACAGGUUUGCAAAGUGAAAAAGCCCAAAGUCCAGCCCAAAGGGAGUUCUCCCACAGAAAACUCUGCUCUGAACUCCCCGAAAACAGCUCAUUUGCAGUCCAGCCACUUCCCUUUGGCUUUCAUCUCUGUGACGACACAUGGAUGAAAGCAAAAUGUGCAUCAUAUAACGCUCGCCAAGCGACUACUCCGACACGCCCUCAAAAACAGCAGUGGAAAAACACUGAGAUGGAGCACACUCCUCCUCUCCCUUCCAAACACUAGCUA